AUGCACAUUUUCAAAGCUGGCGGCUCCACCUAUGGUGUUGCACUCGCAAAGUAUGCCAGGGCUCACGAGAUACCCUUCUUCACGGACAUGCGAGAGGGUGGUCCGACAGAGAUCCCCGCCUACAUCCUUAGCUUGAACGCACGCACCAAGCAUUUGGCAGUUGAUGCACCACCUGCGCAAGCAAACUUCAGCAUCUUCCAUGGCCAUCUCGUUGACAUGGGCUUCGGGAAGCUGAAUCAUCACCACACUGGCACCUUCAAUCAGUUCUUCCCCAGCCCAGAGAUGGCAAAAACACCACUCCUUGUCGUGACUCUGCGAGAGCCAGCAGCACGCCUGAUGUCGGCCUUUAUGCAGCUGACAGCUGGGCUGGAGCACCGCGACGGGGCAUCGCUGUCCAUGGAUCCCGCCUCACUUCAAGGCGGUUUCAUGGACAAGGGCCGGGUGGACGCCAUGUUUGCCCAGUUCAUGGAGCAGCAAGGAGUGGCUCAAUGCCGAAUUGUGCCAAAUCAAGUCUUCGGCCCUCGCUUCGCGGCACCUUGCGCUUCGGAGAGAGAUCUUGAUCAGGCAAGACUGGGCGCCAUGAGCGAGCUGCUGCGAAAGUACAUUCUUCCCCUCAUCACAGACCGCCUGCAGGAAUCUGCAGCCUUGCUGGAUGUGUUCCUAGGACUAUCGGCUCCGCCGUCGAUGCUGCAAUUGGUGCGCUACGGGCGUCCCGUGCGAUGUGGUAGCUACAGAAGCUGGCGACAGGGACGGCGUCACGGAAUGCUGCAGGAGUGCCAGCGAACUGGAAAGGGAUCGGGCGCCAACUAUGCCAGAGAUUUUGUGACUGCAACUGUGCGACGGGCGGUUAAGAGCGUCAUGGGCUACGAGCUUUGGCUGUAUCGAAACGCCUCGGCUCUGCUAGAUGUUCAUUUGGGUCUCCACAGGGUCCAAGUGACCAGGCCCCAGGCGUUUACCUGCAAGCCAAAGACCCUUCAAGGCUGUUCCAAGAAGCAAGUUACCUUUCUUUCCAAGUGGCAAAGAAGGCCCAGGGGGGAACUUGCAGCUGAGAUCCGUCGGCUUACAGAAAGCAUGGGCAAGUCUGCUGCUGGGGACAUGAAGGCGUUGAGAAAGCUUGCCAGUCUUGAGGGCUUGCUGGAUGAUCCAGCAGCACCGAUGGCAAGGGAAGACUUGUGA